UCUUUAUAACACUAGCCAAACAAAGCCUUUAACUGAUAACCUCCAACAAAAUUCAGCACAUAAAUUCGACAUCAAGAUUUUCGAUCAAACCAAAUCCCACCAAAAAAAAAUUCCCAAGAAAAUGUCGAACUCCCAUCACCACCCCCAGCAAGAACAAGAACCACUGCCUGAUUUCGAAACCCUAGAAAUCAAUUCAGCUCCAGCCCUCCCUCCCCGCCUCGCCUACCACUUCCGCUCCUACCCCGACUCCGAUUCCGACUCGGACUCGUCCUUGUAUUCCGAUUCGACUCAGGAUUCCUAUUCCAACGACCAGGCGAAUUUCAUCACGGAUCUCUUCGCACCGGACGAUCCGUAUUCCGAUUCGGAGCCCUACACUGAUUCCCUGUUUAACCGCGCGGCCCUCAGGGCCAUUGAGCGGAGCAGUGAUCGGCUGGCUUCGGGUUACGGGUCGGACCUGGGGUUCGGGUCCCGCGUCGGGUUCGGCGGCGCCGCUCCUGCAGCCGUUUUCACUUACUCCUUGAUCGACGACGACGUGAAUUUUAGGGUUUUCGAGGCGCGCGGGGAGGAGGAGACAAGGUUAGGGUUUGAGUCGCCUACGUCUGAAUCGAGUGGGUCCUUGAUAGAGGAUUUUAGGGUUUUCGAGGGAAGGGAUGGAUACGGUCCGAAUGACGGGGAGGAGGAGGAGCUAGGGUUAGUGUUUGGGUCGCGUAUGCGAACCGGUUGUGUUGCGCUCCGGUCUGAGUUGAGCGAUUCGUCGACGGUUGAUGUGGGUUUUGGGGUCAGUGAGGGAUUUGAUGGGUACGGAUCGAAUCGCGAGGAGGAGGAGCUAGGGUUAGGGUUAGGAUUUGGGUCCCCAAAUGGAAUAAAUAGCGUUUCUGUCGCUUCCGAAUUGGGUGAUUCUUUAGCCAAUUCUAGCGCGAAUUCGAGUAGGGAUGGUCUCCGAGUCGUCGGAAUCGAAUCGGAUACAGAUUCCGAGGAGGUGGCUCGGGAUGAGAAUCAUGGUGAGCCAUUUGGGGCUUCGGAUAUUCCCUUCUUUUGGGAUUGUCUUGGAUUUGAGGAACAAAGGGGUAGCAGCAAUGAAGAAUUUGACUGGGAGGAAGUGGGCCAAAGGGCUGAUGAUAGGGAUAGUUUGAGCUCUGUGAUUGGUCGCUUCGACGAACUCUCGGUAUAUUCUGAACUUUCGAGUGCCGAGGAAGGUAUACGCGGUAUUGGGCGGGAGCUAGUAAGGAGUUUACAAAGGGAGCUUCGUCUUUCUGUAUAUAACAUGGGCAGAACCUACGAAUACGAUGACAACAACAUUGACGGUGUUUCGUAUUUAGCUGUUAGGGACGGUUAUGCAUUCGAAGCUGAGUACGAAAUGGUGUUUGGGCAGUUUGUGCAGAAUGAAAGUGCCGUGAAGGGUAGUCCUCCUGCUUCCAAAGCUGUUCUGGACAAUCUUCCGUGUUUGGUGUUGAGAGAGGAGGACUUGCAAGAGAAUUGUGAUGUUUGUGCGGUUUGUAAAGAUGAGGCUUUGGUGGGGGAGAAAGUGACGAGGCUACCUUGUUGCCACCUUUACCAUUGGGACUGCAUUGUGCCAUGGUUGCGUAUUCGGAAUACGUGUCCUGUUUGUCGGUAUGAGUUGCCCACAGAUGAUCUGGAUUAUGAGCAGAGGAAGACACAAAGGGAGGGUGUUGACCUGCCACAGGAUUUUCAGAUGCUGGAAUUCAUCCAUGGGGUUGCUGAAAGUUGAUGAAAUGCUGUGUGAAUAUAUUCUAAGAAAAAUUUCAUGGCCAGGAAACAUGGUGUGGAACUGUGGAUUCAUAGAAAGAUGUCGGACUAGGGCAAAUCACAGGAAGGUGAGAGUUAUAUUGAGCAUCAAGAAAUAAGUAAUAGAUGUUGUGGAUUUAGUAUACAGCUAUAGAAAUGACUCCUAGGCUCUUGGGAAAAAGACCCAGACGCCUAUCUUGCUUUUCGUUGUUGAAAAAUUGGGAGCAAUUAUUGAACUGGUCAUAUGUUAAUGCGUUAGUUCUCAUAAAGAUUUGAUGGUCUAUAGAGUAACUGUCUAACCAAUCUCUAUGGCCCUGUUCCAAUGAAGUUAUGUAUAUAGCAGACUUUACAAGUACUUUGCUUUUCUGCCUACCAAAACGAAUGCAAAGAAUUUGGCUUCUUUUUU